AUCUAAGCUACAAAGGAAAAAGAGAGAGAGAGAGAGAGAGAGAGAGUUUCUUCCAGCUAGCUAGCUAAGAGAUCAGAUAAUAUGGAAACUUGCAGAAAAACAGGUGCCAUUUUGGCGUUGUCGUUGUUGAUGGUGGCGGUGGCGGCAGCCGGCGGCGGCGGUGGGAGGUUGGCAAACGACGAAGACAACUCCAUUUGCGGAUUGAGCGUGGAGGAGCUGAUGACUUGCAAGGAGGCAGUAACGGCGGGCGGUCAUAAUAAUCCGCCGUCGACUCUUUGCUGCACAGCUCUUUCCAAAGCAAAACUGCCGUGCUUAUGCAACUUUAAGAACAAUGACGUCCUCAUCAAAACCUUCAAAAUCAACCCCGCCCUCGCGGUGGCGCUCCCCGCCAAGUGCGGCCUUCCUCCGCCACCUUGUGCGGCGGCUUAGCUUAAUUCACUCAACGUAACUCCGACGGAUCCAUCUAUUAUUAAUUAUGUUUUUCAUGUAAUUGUGUUUCCGAUCUUAUAUUGUUGGUGUAGUGCAAAUGUUUUUAUCAGUGGUUUUCCUUUACAUUAUUGUAUGUUUAAUUUUCGUUCCCUAAGUGUACUUGCUAAUUAAGUUGUUGUAUCAAUGCAAUAUUUUAUGUGGAUUAUAUUAUUGUGGA